CCAUGUUUUUUUCAUAUGUACAGAGAAGGAAUUCUGCUCAGCUUUUGUCUCGAGCUGCGGCAACACACGCAAUGGUCAGCAUGACAGGCUCGCACAGCAUGCAGUACAUCGGACUUCUGCUGCUGGCUGCAAUUCUCCUGCAAACUAUAGCCGUGGCUGUGACUUUCAUUUAUUUUAGCAACGUCCUGUCGACGAUGAAAGAAACUUUCUCCAAGAGCAGUGUUUCGUGUCUGAUGCGUGCCAACCUCAGGACUAUAAAGGGUGAGGAAUUAAAGGCGGGGGAGGAAAAAGACGACCCCUGCUGGCAGGUCACGCAACAGCUGCACUUUCUCAUUGAAAAGUCCAUGUCCAGUCGUUAUCAGAAAGAAAUUUCAUCAGCGGUCAAAGAUGAAGUCUCCAGAGUUCUUCCCUCGCUGGUGAUCCAAGACCAGGACGAUUCCCCUCGGCCCAAGAUUGCAGCACACGUGACAGGCAGUUAUAUACCAGAACCAGAAAAGUCAGGAGGUCUACCGAACAGGAAGGUCUACGGCCAGAAGAUCCAAUCGUGGGAGUCUGAAACGGGUUUGGCGUUUCUCCAGAACGUUGAGUUAAGUGACGGGGAACUGGUGGUGCCGCAGGCGGGCCUGUAUUACAUCUACUCGCAAACUUACUUCAAACACACGCUUAUAGAGGAUGUGGAGAAAGAUAAGGAGGAAGAGGACGGCACGUCGGGCGAGUCCGUCCGGGGAAAACCGAUGUUGCAGUACGUUUAUAAAAAAGUGAGCUCGUACCAGGUGCCCAUAUUUCUUAUGAAGAACGCCCGGACGACGUGCUGGUCACGUGACACGGAAUACGGGCUGUACUCGAUCUACCAAGCGGGCCUUUUUCAGCUCGGAGGGGGGGAUAGAGUGUUCGUGACGGUCAGCAACGUGAGCACCAUCGAUAUGGACGAGAAGUCAAGCUUUUUCGGUGCGUUCUUGGUGAGCUAGACACAACAGUGACACGGCGUGGAAAACGCACUCGAGAUGAGAGACAAGACUCGGCUUGCUCGGCAUUUUUACCUGAGCGGUCUUUGAUAGGCAGCCAAACGCCGCAAAACAUUUGGACGUGUUUGCCGAGAUGCACCGUAUCCUGCCAAAACUGUUAACUGUGAUUGAAGAGAUCUGGGAAGGGGGCAAACAUGUGGCGCUUUUUUGUGCUCGCCCAGCGCGUUCAAUCAUAAAUCAGUUUUUUUUAGCGUUGGAAUGCACUGCGAACGGAGCGUAAACUCAUCAAGUCUGCCUGGAGGGGCGGAGAAAAGUGCGGGCUUGCCGGGUUGUUUGGACCUGGGGUGUCUGUCCGGGCAGGAAAAGGAAGGUGUGACUCAAAGCAAGUGUGCCUUAGGAUGAGCUGCAGGCUUUUCUUGGUGGCUUUCAUCCUUCUCUUCUGUGACUUCAUGUAGCAGUUUGUGUAUGUGUGAAAACGAAUAUAAACGGCUUAUUUUUAAACACACGAGACUUCUGUUUCUCGCUGUUUUGGCUUUAAGAAAUGCACCUGCACGUUUCUUUACGGAUCAUGCAUCGAUUGUACUUGCGUAGUAUUGGGUGUCAAUAUCUGCACUAUUAUUGUGUUUGUUGUGUUUUUAUGAACUCGUGAAUUUAGGACUUGUACAUUAAAUGUGAAAAUCACUGUGAUGUUGUACAGUAUACGGUUGCUUUGUACAGAUUUUUUGUAUAUACAUUUACACCAGUGUUGAACAUAUACUGAUCAAUGUACAUAACAAUGCAAACCUGACACCACACAAGUAACCAUUUUCACCAUGUAUGUUGUCUGAAGUGCACACAGUUAGACACUUUUAAAGGGGCAGAUUCACCCAAACGAAACUUCGUCCAUCAUUCACUCUUAAGUCAUUUCACACCUGCAUGACUUUCUUCUGCAGAACAAAACAAAAUAUAUUUUGAAAAAUGUUGGUAACUAAACAACACUGGACUCCAUUGACUUCCAUUGUAUGGACACAAAACCACUGAGACAUUUCUCAAAAUAUCUUCUUUUGUGUUCCACAGAAGAAAAUGUCACAUAUUCAGUAAAAGAAAGUCUUUUUUUUGGGUGAACUUUACACAUUUGUAUAAUUGCUAGUGGAGUUUAACAACGUCUUAUUCAACUGCCGCAGUUGCGCGUGUUUUGCAUCAUUGUCCAAUAUGUGCCUACAUGCAAACAAUAACUGCUUAUUUAUUUGCAGAUUGUGUCACAUAGACAGCAUGGAAACCAUUUUUGCGAUGCAUAUCCAAGAAUAUGAAUACAUUUAAAAUGUCUUUGUUAUCCACAGGAAUCAUCUACUUUCUGUGCCUGUUUUUCAUUUAUCAAACCCAUUUUAUGUACAGUCUAAAAUAUGUUUCCUGUUAUUGCAUCAUAAAACUUUUUUCUAAAACUCCAGCUUUGAUUUGGGUUAUCUAUCAUGCAGUCAUACAUGCUUUUUUUCUCUAUUUCGCCCUCUUGUGGUGUAUGUUCAUGAAUACGACUGGGCAGAAAUCCAAUGCAUUUACAGCACUCCAUAGACUUAUUACAUUACGUAUCAGACUAUCAUUAAAUACAUCAAUUGAUCUUUGGGAAACCAGUGUUUAAUAACCUUAACAUUCAAUUCAGAAUAUUAAUUUGGGUGAUUUAGAUUUUAAAGGUACUGCAGACACCAGUUAAAGGGAUAGUUCACCCAUAAAUGAAACUUCUGUCAUUUUGUCACCCUCUUGUCAUUUCAAACCUGUAUGACUUCUUCUGACCACAAAAGAAGAUACUUUGAAGAAGAAUGUUGGUAAACAAUGGCAGUACACAUCACUUCUAUUGUACGGACACAACCAAUGCAAGUCAAUGGGCACCGCUGAUAUUGUUUGAAAUAUCUUCUUUUGUGUUCUGCAGAAAGAAAGAAAGCCAUACAGGUUUGAAACGACAAGAGUAAAUGAUGACAGAAUUUUCAUUACUAGGUAAACUAUCCCUUUAAGGACAUCAACAUGAUAUUUAUAGAUGUUCUUUUAUUUGAUGCUCUGCCUGCAUUGCAAUUUUAUGUGACUUUACUGGGAAUUAAAUCAUUUCAUUAAAAGCACUUAAAAAUGACAAUGCCACAUCAAUCGU